AUGGUAUCUGUCGCCGAACUUGAAGAAAUUAAACAAGAGCAACAACACGAGCAAUAUACAGAUAAUUGUAGUGCUAGUGACGACUUUCAUCAGAGUAGUGACACUAGCCACAACAUUAUUAACCUUGAAGAAAUUGAUCUUUUAAAAGAAGCUGAAGAAAAAAAUAGCUUUUAUACCUCCACUCCUUUCCUUACAAUUGAAAACAGCAACGAUGAUUUCUCUAGCGGUAAUAAUAAUACUUCUUGGGCUGAAUCUAUUCCAUCCAAACAAGCACUCUAUGAUCCUGAAUACGAAAAAGAUGCCUGCGGUGUUGGGUUUAUUGUCCACAUCAAAGGUGCACCUUCGCACAAAAUUCUUAGUGACGCAAAAGGUGUUCUCUGCAACAUGACUCACCGAGGUGCCGUAGGUUCUGAUACAAGAGACGGUGACGGUGCCGGUGUAAUGACUGGAAUUCCGCACGAAUUUUUUCAAUUGGAAACAUCAAGAAUUGGCAUUGAUUUGCCGCAACAAGGCCAUUAUGCUGUCGGUAACGUGUUCCUGAAACCGGAACCUGCUGUGAUGGAAGAAAGCAAACAAAUUUUUGAACAGAUUGCUGAAAAUUUGCAUUUGCAAGUUCUUGGCUGGCGUGAAGUUCCCAAAGAUAAUACCAUUCUCGGGCCUGCUGCUAAAUCUCGUGAACCAAUCAUUUUGCAACCUUUUGUCACCCUCGCAAAUCUUUCCACGAACGGAAAUGAAUUUGACGAGUCCUUUUUUGAACGACAGCUUUACGUAUUGAGGAAGCAAGCCACUCAUGCAAUUACCGUGAAGAAGUGGUUUUAUAUUUGUUCGCUGUCUAGCAAAAAUAUCAUAUAUAAGGGUCAACUUUCUCCCGUGCAAGUCUAUAAUUAUUUUCAUGAUUUAAAUAAUGUACUCUAUAAGACACAUUUUGCCUUGGUACACUCACGAUUCUCGACUAAUACUUUUCCUUCUUGGGACCGCGCUCAACCAAUGAGAUGGUGUGCACACAAUGGUGAAAUCAACACAUUAAGAGGCAACAGAAAUUGGAUGCGUGCCCGUGAAGGUAUUAUGAAAUCAACCCUAUUUGGCAAUGAGCUCGAUCUAUUAUAUCCAAUCAUCGAAGAAGGAGGUUCCGAUUCUGCCGCUUUCGACAACGUGUUAGAAUUACUCGUGAUCAAUGGUGUUGUCUCGUUACCCGAAGCGGUAAUGAUUAUGAUUCCGGAAGCAUGGCAAAAUAAUGAAUAUAUGGAGCCGGAAAAACGUGCAUUUUAUAAGUGGGCUGCAUGUUUAAUGGAGCCUUGGGAUGGUCCUGCUUUAUUCACAUUCUCGGAUGGUCGCUAUUGCGGCGCAAGUUUGGAUCGUAAUGGUCUAAGACCUUGUCGAUUCUAUAUCACCACUGAUGAUCUAAUGAUUUGUGCAUCAGAAGUUGGUACUACAUUUAUUGAACCGGAACGUGUAGUGCAGAAAGGACGUCUGCAACCAGGAAAAAUGUUGUUAGUCGAUACUGAAGAAGGUCGUGUUGUCGAUGACAAAGAAUUGAAAUUAUCGGUUGCUGCUCGUGAAAAUUUCCAAGCUUGGAUUGAUCGACAAAUGAUUUCACUUGAUGAUAUUGUUAGAAAAAUUAAAAAUACUGGUAAUGGAGUUUCGGUCCAGUUAGACGCUACAACUAUUGCCGAAGAUCCACGAUUGAAAGCUUUUGGUUAUACAAUUGAACAACUUAAUCUUUUAAUAUUACCGAUGAUUGCUGAAGGAAAAGAAGCACUUGGAUCAAUGGGCAAUGAUGCACCUUUAGCAUGUUUAUCAAGUCAACCUCGUUUAAUUUAUGACUAUUUUAGACAACUUUUCGCUCAAGUCACAAAUCCGCCGAUUGAUCCUAUUCGUGAAGAAAUUGUCAUGUCUUUGGAAUGCUAUGUGGGACCGGAAGGAAAUAUUUUGGAAGUUAACGAACAGCAAACACGCAAAUUAUUAUUGAAAUCUCCGGUCCUUUCAAUUGACGAAUUAAAUUCAAUCAAACGUAUGGAACGUGUGCAACCUGAUUGGAGUGUAGCCACCAUCGAUAUCACCUUCCCAAAACAGGAAGGUGUACCUGGAUAUCUUUUAGCCUUGGAACGCGUGUGCGCCGAAGUAUCUCAAGCCAUUCAAGAAGGAUUCAAAGUGGUUGUACUUUCAGAUGUCGCCACCAAUGCCGAAAGAGUUGCCAUCUCCUCGUUAAUCGCCGUCGGUGGUGUUCACCAUUAUUUAGUUCGUAGUAAACAGCGAUCAAAGAUUGCAUUAAUUAUUGAAACUGCGGAGGCUCGUGAAGUUCAUCAUGUUUGUGUUCUUUUGGGUUAUGGUGCAGAUGCAAUCUGUCCUUACUUGGCGAUGGAAGCAAUUUUGAAAUUGAAGCGUGAGAAUGCGAUUAAGAGUGAUCUUACCGGCGAAAAAAUUAUUUCCAAUUACAAAAAAGCUAUCAAUAAUGGUAUUUUGAAGGUUAUGUCAAAGAUGGGAAUCUCAACUCUGCAAAGUUAUAAGGGUGCACAAAUUUUCGAAGCUUUGGGAAUUGACGAAAGUGUGAUAGCACGUUGUUUUGCCGGUACUGCAAGCAGAAUAAAAGGAACCACAUUUGAUUUUCUGGCUUUAGACGCAUUUGCAUACCACGAACAAGGUUUCCCAACACGUGACACAGUCCUUCCACCCGGUCUUCCUGAAUCCGGUGAAUAUCACUGGCGUGAUGGUGGAGAAGCACAUAUUAACGACCCAAUAGGUAUUGCAAAUCUUCAAGACGCCGUUCGUUCAAAGAACCAGUUAUCAUAUGAUUCUUAUGCUCGCAAUGCAUACGAACAAAUCAAAAAUUGUACUCUUCGUGGUCUUUUGGAGUUCGACUUCGAGAAUUCAAAACCUAUUCCGAUUGACCAGGUCGAGCCUUGGACUAAUAUUGUGAAACGAUUUUGUACGGGAGCAAUGUCUUAUGGUUCGAUAUCUAUUGAAUCGCACUCCGCACUCGCCUUGGCAAUGAAUCGAUUGGGCGGUAAAUCUAAUACUGGAGAAGGAGGCGAGGAUCCUGAAAGAUCCAUCAUAUUAGAAAACGGUGAUACCAUGAGAUCAUCAAUUAAGCAAGUUGCAUCGGGUCGUUUCGGUGUUACGGCAUAUUAUUUAUCAGACUCUGAUGAAUUACAAAUUAAAAUGGCGCAAGGUGCUAAGCCUGGAGAAGGAGGUGAAUUGCCUGGUCACAAAGUAUCGGAUGCUAUUGGCAAAACACGUAAAUCAACACCAGGUGUCGGUUUAAUCUCGCCGCCACCUCAUCAUGAUAUUUACUCAAUUGAAGAUUUGAAACAACUUAUUUAUGAUCUGAAAUGUUCGAAUCCACGUGCUCGUGUCUCAGUUAAAUUGGUUUCGGAAGUUGGCGUUGGUAUUGUUGCAUCCGGAGUUGCUAAAGCUAAAGCUGAUCAUAUUCUAAUUUCUGGACAUGAUGGUGGCACUGGUGCAUCUCGAUGGACUAGUAUCAAAUACGCUGGCUUACCUUGGGAACUUGGUCUUGCUGAAACACAUCAAACUCUUGUACUAAAUGAUCUUCGUGGUCGUGUGGUAGUGCAAACUGACGGACAAAUAAGAACUGGACGUGAUGUUGCGAUCGCCUGUUUAUUAGGAGCUGAAGAAUGGGGAUUUGCUACUACACCAUUGAUCGCUAUGGGAUGUAUCAUGAUGCGAAAAUGUCAUUUAAAUACUUGUCCUGUGGGAAUUGCCACGCAAGAUCCUGAACUUCGUAAGAAAUUCGAAGGACAACCAGAACAUGUUAUCAAUUUCUUCCAUUAUGUCGCUGAAGAGUGUCGUCAGAUUAUGGCAAAACUUGGAUUCCGCACUAUUAAUGAAAUGGUCGGUCGUUCAGAUCGAUUAAAGGUUAAUGACUCUCUCCGUAGUGCCAAAACCGACAAUAUCGACUUGACGCCAAUUCUUACUCCUGCUUUCACUUUACGUCCCGGCGUUGCAACAUAUAAUGUAAAAAAACAAGAUCACAAACUUUAUGUUCGUCUUGAUAAUAGACUCAUUGAUGAGUCCGAAGAUGCACUAGUCAAAAAAUUACCUGUAAAGAUUGAUUGUGCUGUGGUGAACACAGAUCGUGCACUUGGUACCACAUUAUCUUAUCACGUUUCUCGUCGUUGCGGAGAAAAUGGUCUUCCCGAUGAUACCAUUCAUGUGAAUCUUAAAGGUUCUGCUGGACAAUCCUUUGGUGCAUUCUUGGCACCUGGUAUUACUCUCGAAUUGGAGGGAGAUGCAAACGAUUACGUCGGAAAAGGUCUUUCUGGAGGUCGUAUUAUUGUUUAUCCACCCAAAGUCUCAACAUUUAAAUCUGAAGAAAAUAUUAUUGUUGGAAAUGUAUGUUUAUAUGGCGCAACUGGUGGCCAAGCGUUCUUCCGAGGCAUUGCAGCUGAACGUUUCUGUGUACGUAAUUCCGGAGCUACGGCUAUAGUUGAAGGAGUUGGUGAUCAUGGUUGUGAAUAUAUGACAGGAGGACGUGUAGUUAUACUUGGAUCAACUGGCCGUAACUUUGCAGCUGGUAUGAGUGGUGGAAUAGCCUACGUUUUAGAUAUUGCACAAGAUUUCAAGAGCAAAUGUAAUAUGGAGAUGGUUGAUCUGGAAACAGUCAAUGACGCAAAAGAAGUUGCUUUCUUACGUGGUAUCAUUGAAGAUCAUCAUCAUUAUACUGGCUCUGACUUGGCCGGUCGUAUAUUAAAAAAUUUCAAUCAAAUUCUGCCACGAUUUGUCAAAGUAAUGCCGGUCGAUUAUCGAGCUGUACUCGAAAAACAACGAAUUGCAGCAGAACUAAAAGAAAAAUCAAAACCAUCCGCCGAACCUGUGGUCGAAAUUUCUGCCAAACCCGUUGAACCAGCUCUAGUUGACAUAGAAGACGCGAUGGUCGAUGCAGAAGCAGCAAAGAAACGAACCGAAACUCUCGAUAAAGUACGUGGCUUUAUGAAAUACAAACGACGCGGUGACAAUUAUCGUAAUCCAUCAAAACGUACAAAAGACUGGAAUGAGAUUAAUGCGCGAUUAUCUGAAGCUGCUCUUAAAGAGCAAGCGGCUCGUUGUAUGGAUUGUGGUGUGCCUUUCUGUCAAUCAGAUACUGGAUGUCCUAUUGGAAAUAUUAUUCCUAAAUGGAAUGAUCUCGUGUUUAAAAAUCAAUGGAGGGAUGCGUUGAACCGUCUUAUGAUGACUAAUAAUUUCCCAGAAUUCACUGGUCGUGUUUGCCCUGCACCUUGUGAAGGUGCAUGUGUAUUGGGUAUAAAUGAAUUACCUGUCAGUAUAAAAUCUAUCGAAUGUGCAAUUAUCGAUAAAGGUUUCGAAAUGGGAUGGAUUGUUCCACAACCGCCUGCCAUUAGAACUGGUAAAAAGGUUGCCAUCAUUGGAUCAGGUCCUGCUGGCUUAUCUGCUGCUGAUCAACUGAAUAAAGCCGGACAUACAGUUAUUGUAUAUGAUCGUAAUGACCGAUUCGGUGGUUUAUUGAUGUACGGUAUUCCAAAUAUGAAAUUGGACAAAAAGAUUGUCCAGCGGAGAAUUGAUCUCCUCGCUGCAGAAGGUGUUAAGUUUGUUGCUAAUGCUCAUGUUGGAGUGAAUGUCGACGCUACUAAAAUACGUCAAGAAAACAAUGCAUUAAUACUGGCUACUGGAGCUACAUGGCCGCGUGAUCUAAAAGUUCCUAAUAGAAAUUUGGAUGGUAUACAUUUUGCAAUGGAAUUCUUACAACUAAAUACGCAGAGUCUCUUAGAUUCAAAUUUGGAAAAUGGAAAAUAUCUGAGUGCAAAGGAUAAAAAUGUAAUUGUUAUUGGAGGAGGCGACACUGGUACUGACUGUAUAGGCACAUCAUUGCGUCAUGUUAAUUUUGAGCUAUUACCGGCGCCACCAGCAACCAGAGCCAAAGAUAAUCCAUGGCCACAAUUUCCUCGAGUAUUCAAAGUAGACUACGGCCACGCUGAAGUUCAAAUGAAAUUCGGAAAAGAUCCCCGUGAAUUUUGUAUACUAACAAAAGAAUUCGUAUCUGACGGCAAAGGUCACGUCGCAGGUCUAAACACUAUUCGUGUCGAAUGGUCAAAAGACAAUGCUGGUCGAUGGACAAUGAAAGAAAUUCCCGGUUCAGAACAAUUUUUCGCUGCCGAUUUAGUGCUGUUGGCUAUGGGAUUUUUAGGUCCCGAAGAUAAACUAAUACAUAGUCUUGGACUAAAAACUGAUGCACGAACAAAUAUUGAAACUCCAAAAGGCAAAUACUCGACCGUCGUUCCAGGUGUGUUCGCCGCUGGUGAUUGUCGCCGUGGACAAAGUUUAAUUGUGUGGGGAAUUAAUGAGGGACGUCAAGCUGCACGAGAAGUUGAUCAGUAUUUGAUGGGUGAUUCUAAUCUUCCAGUGUCGGGUGGUAUAAAACAACGCACUCUCGAAUCUCUUUCAAAUCAAUCUAAUCAUGGGCUUGUCGUUGUUGCCCGUUAA